AUGCUCCAAGCAAGUGAGCAGUAUUGGAACCACAAGUGUUGGUUAGUGUUCUAUUUCUGUCCUAAUAUUUUGUCUAUCCACAUAUUCCAAACUGUCAGUUCUGUGAGAGGGCCUUAUAGAAGUGUCUCAUAUUCCAAACUGUCAGUUCUGUUAGUGUGACACAACAACUGUGGGCCUGCAUGUUAUCACAGAGAAGUUCUCCAGUGACUAUAAGACUGUGGUUAUUGUCAGUGUCACAUCUUGGCAGACGCAAGGAUUAGAGGAGUAAAAAUAGCGCUUUCUGUCUCUCUGUUAGGUGAGGAUCUGACAGGCAGGCAAAGUGGCUGGAUGGGGCAGGGUCAGAGUGCUUAGUGAAGGCUCAUGUUUUGGAAGAGCUGAAUAAAUGUGCACAAGGCUGUAACAACUGCAGAAUUGUCUUCUAACAUAGAUAUUAUUACUUGUAGUCCAGGUGUACAAGUGUACCAAGUUUCAUGCUUUUACAUUCCUUUAUUUGAUAAAAGUGAAUUUUUAUACUAAUAUAAGGCCGAUACGUAAAGCUUAAUAAUGAGCAGUGAUACUAGCAAGAGCAGUGUGCACGUUUCUUCUUUUUUCUCAUACUAAUAUAUUUAAAAUGUCUGGUCUAUUUGUAUGCAAGAGGUUGACAAUUCUAGAAUGUUCAUGAACGUAAACAAAAGUAUCGUAAAAGUAUCACAUAGUCUUUGUGGAACUACUGUUCAUUCCUUUGACUAAAAUAUGUUCUGUAGAGUAUGUAGCCCUACUGUAGCCCUACUGUAUUCCGAUUAAAAGGUGUUCUGUCCCCUUUCUGUUUCAGACUACCUAUGUUCCCCAGAGGAGAACGUUCACAUGAUCGACUUCACACGGUUCAAGAUCCGAGACAUGGAGACAGGGACGGUGCUGUUUGAGAUCACCAAACCCCCUGCACCAGGUACGUGCUAUGUCGAAACUAUCAUAUUAUAUAGUACAUAUAUUAGAUACAUGUACUGUGUAUGAGCUAUAUGUUGGGAAUGUACUUUAUCAAGAUAUGGAGACAGGGACGGUGCUGUUUGAGAUCACCAAACCACCAGCACCAGGUCAGUAAAAGGUCUGUCUGUGCUAUAUAUAACCAUUAGUAUUUGUGUUCCCUAACAUAUUCAUAGAUACAUGUUAACAUAUUCUCUAUUAUUAGAGCCUAGGAUAUAUGACUUGUGGCACUAAACUACAGGUCAUAGCUUCUGAUGACGAAGAGGUUUUAAGACCUACAAUAUGUGUGAGCAGCAUAUACCUCUGGGUUAACAAGUCCCAGGCAGUAAUAUGCAUGAUUCAUGAAUUAAUUACUCCUAUUAGCUAGGUCACUACUGAGAAGGUGUUAUUUCGCUGUGUGAGUUGAUCAUCUAAGGCUCUGAAACAGUGUCUAUUCAGAGAGGUACACAGCAGAGAGACCGUCUUCAAAAACGCAGGCUUGUUAACGCGGUCUCUUUUGUGACACUGUGGCAGCGGGCGAAAAGAAGGACUUGGACCCCAACGGAGGCCGCUUCGUCCGUUACCAGUUCACCCCUGCCUUCCUGCAGCUGCGCCAGGUCGGAGCCACGUAAGUCACAGCUAAGAUGGCCGCCAGGGUGUGUGUGGGUGUGGGCGUGGGUGUGUAAGGGUGGUGGUGUGGUGGCCAUUCAGUGCCCUGCUGUUCUCUUCUGAGAGGAGACAGAUGGGGAGGGCUAUUCUCGGUGGUGUGUGUGUGCGUGCGUGCGUGCGUAUUUGUGAGUGACAGAUACCAAGGAGGCAGGAAGGCCGUACAGUAGGGGGCAGAGAGAAAGAGAGAGGGAGAGAGAAAAGAAGGCAGAGUGAGGGAGAAAGAGAGAGAGAAAGAGAGAUGAGAUGAGUCAGGCCAGUUGUUAUUAAUUACUGCAGUGGGCUAAAUGAGUGUUUCUUGGUAGUCUUAAACAAAUCUACUUUAAAACCAAAGUAUACACCUCACACACAUGGUUAUGGGCUUAAAAAUAAGAAGACAGCUGUACCAUGUCAGAUAUAGAGUUGAAAUGUUUGGAGUUUGCAUUCCAAUAUUACACUUUAUAUACAUCACAGAAGACUGAAAUAUAACAAAACCGUAUAUAUUAUAUAUAUAAAAAAAUUAUAUAUUUAUUAAUUAUGAAAUUAUGAAAUAUAUGAAUAACAUUCCACCAAUGAGGCCACUGUUUCAUUGGACUGCAGGAAAGGGCUACGGUAGAGGGGGCAAAUUAGGAAACGUAAUUAUACUUCCCUUCUGCAGCAAACUAUAACAAACAAAUGAUGUGUGUAAGUGUGUUUCCAAUAGUUUAUCGGAUCUCUCUGUCCCCCUGUCCUCUCUGACACAGUGUGGAGUUCACAGUGGGAGACAUGCCCAUCAACAACUUCAGGAUGAUUGAGAGGCACUACUUCAGAGAGCAGCUCCUCAAGAGCUUUGAUUUUGAGUUUGGUUUCUGUAUGCCCAGCAGCAAGAACACCUGCGAACACAUCUACGAGUUCCCCCCUCUGUCAGAGGACAUCAGUGAGUAUAGAUACACAUAGAAACAGAGACGCAGACAUAGCACUCAUGCAUUCACGCACUUCCUGUACCCAUAAGACACAGUCCAACACAAACACACAUACACACAUUCACUAAAACACACACACUCACGCAAACACACACACACACACACACACACACACACACACACACACACACACACACACACACACUGAUAUGUCCUUCCUCUGUCUUCUUCCUCAGUGCGUGAGAUGAUCCUACACCCAUACAAAACGCAGUCCGACAGCUUCUACUUUGUGGACAACAAGCUGGUGAUGCACAACAAGGCAGACUACUCCUACAGUGGGAGUCCAUAG